CAACUUUCACAAACUCUUAUGAUUUUAUUAUAUAAUAUUUUUAUCUUUUCUUUGUGUAUUCUAUUAUAUUCACUUUCAGCUUGUGUUGUUUCUUUCUUUCUAUCUUUCUUUUCUUUCAUAUGAUUCUAUGCAACACAAGUUUGUGGAAUAUUGUUUAUUGUUGAAGUGAAGGAUCUGAAAGUGUAAGGUUAUUGAGAAUAUGGGAGCAUGUGUUUCAAGUCAACAAGGUUGUUUUGGAGGAAUGUUUAACUCUUCCAAGAAAAAAAGAAGAAGAACAACAACAAUUGGUUUUAGAAAAAAUGGUUCUUCAUCAUUGGAUAAUAAUAAUAAUAAUCAUAAUAUAGUUGAUUUGCCUCAACAUUCAUUUUCCAAUCCCACUUUUCAAGGAGGAACUGCUGAAGAGGCAUGGUUUGAUUCAGCUACAGUGUUUGAUUCUGACUGUGAUGAUGAUUACCAGAGUGUUCCGGAUGAUGUUGGGUCUUUGAACGGAAUUGAAGGUGGAUCUGUAUCAAGUUUUCAAUCUUUUAGAGAUGGUGUCGGUGCCAACCAUAGAGUUUCAACUGAUCAAAUGCAGAAACCGAUUAUUUACGAGGCUGCUAGAAGUUCAGAUGGAAAUGCAAUUGAAGUAAAUGAAGCUGUGUUCCUUGACGACAUUUCCUCAGUUGAUGCGAGUUCCAAUAGGGAAGAAGGAAUUUUGGAUAAUUGCGGCAUUCUUCCUAACAAUUGUUUGCCGUGUCUUGCGUCUACCGUUCCUUCUUUUGAAAAGCGAAGAUCGUCGUGUUCAAGUCCUCCUAGUUCAAGGAAAAAGACUCCUACCAAAGUUUCCAGUCUAUUUUCUUCAAAGACACUUCUACAAAGACCAAUUGCAGGUUCUCAAGUUCCCUUUUGUCCAAUUGACAAGAAGAUGCUUGAUUGUUGGUCACAUAUUGAACCAGGAACUUUCAAAGUCCGGGGCGUAACUUACUUUAAGGACAGGAAGAAGGAGUUGGCUCCUAACUAUUCUGCAUAUUAUCCGUUUGGAGUUGAUGUUUUCUUAUCUCCGCGAAAAAUUGACCAUAUAGCUCGUUUUGUCGAACUUCCUGCUGCUAGUUCAUCCGCUAGAUUUCCACCCAUUCUUAUUGUUAAUGUUCAGAUUCCGCUUUACCCUACCACACUUUUUCAAGGUGAGACCGAUGGCAAAGGAGCGAGCUUUGUUUUGUACUUUAAACUUUCGGAAAGUUAUGCCAAGGAACUUCCUCUACACUUUCAAGAAAACAUCAGAAAGUUUAUGGACGAUGAAGUUGAAAAGGUAAAAGGUUUUCCGCUCGAUACAAUUGUGCCCUUUCGAGAACGGUUGAAAAUUCUAGGCCGUGUUGGCAAUAUUGAAGACCUUCAAUUGAGUGCAGCAGAAAGAAAGCUUAUGCAGGCUUACAAUGAGAAACCUGUUCUUUCGCGUCCGCAGCACGAGUUUUACACAGGAGAAAAUUAUUUUGAGAUUGAUAUAGAUAUGCAUAGGUUCAGCUAUAUAUCUAGGAAAGGGUUUGAAGCAUUCAUGGACAGAUUAAAGAACUGCACUCUAGAUGUUGGCCUUACAAUUCAGGGGAACAAAGUUGAGGAGCUGCCAGAGCAAGUGUUAUGUUGUAUUAGAUUAAAUAGCAUUGACCACUCGAAUUAUCAACAACUAGGGCUAACUCAAGAUCCACUAUAAUAUUAUAAUGGCAAAAGCUUUUGCAUAUCUUGGUAUAAAUUAUUAAUAAUGGUAGUUUCAAGAUGAGUUUCCAUCUUCAAUGCAAUUCUCUCUAGCUCUUUGUUUAUAUGAAUUUGGAUAUCGUUCAAUCAAAGAUUCCGGAUUUCGAGAUUCUAUGCAUUCACGAUAUUAAAUCAGUACUCACUCUGUGAAUGCGUAGAAUCUCUUACUUCGUUAUAGUUUACGACCUAUGUAGUAAGGAUAUUUCAAAUUGAAAGUGUGUUUAUGGUUUAAUGGCGCCAACAUGUGCCGGUGUUUGUGUCAGUUGUGUCCAUGUGUCUGUGUCGAUAUUUGAUUGGUUGGGACAUGUUGUCAUACACAAUUAUUGAGGCAACGUGUGUAUGAUGAAUGAUGUGAUGGAAACUGUGUAUUGUGAUAGUGGCUAAGCAUACCAGACACAAGUCAAAGGAGGGGUCAUGUGACACAAGAAAGGAAAGAUGGACCUACUCAUUCACGCCUACUUAAAUUGCAAAAACAGAGAAGGUCCAUAGACACACUAUAGCAAUUGCUUCAAUAUUUAAAUGAAAAAUUCAUUACUACUAUUAUUAUUGAUAAGGAAACAUAUGGGUAAAGAGACAUAAAUUCAAAAGCUUGGGCUCUGAAAACAAUGUCCUUUUCGUGUUUAAGAAAAUGUCCUUUUUCUGUUUUCUUUUUGUAUGGAGGUAGUUUCUUAUUGUACCAAUAGUAUUAACAAGGAAUGUACUGGUUUGCUUGUUGAA